AUGGUCCAACAUUUUGUCAUGCUAAUGAAAUCUGAGUUUGAGAUGAGUUUGGUGGGUGAAUUAACCUACUUUCUUGGAUUACAAAUCAAGCAUAUGGAAGACUAUAUUUUUCUUUGCCAAGGAAAAUAUGCAAAGAAUAUUGUGAAGAAGUUUGGGUUGCAGAAUGCUAGUCACAAAAGAACUCUUGCUCAUACACAUUCGAAGCUAUCCAAGGAUGAAAAAAAGUUUAGUGUUUAUCAAACUCUAUAUAGAAGCAUGAUAGUUAGCCUCAUCUACCUUACGGUAAACAGAUCAGAUACUACUUUUCCUGUUGGAGUAUGUGCUAGAAAUCAAGCAGAACCUAAAGUAAAUCAUCUCAAUCAAGUCAAAAGGAUUCUGAAAUAUGUGAAUGGUACAUGUGACUAUGGGAUACUGUACUCACAUAACUCAAAUUCUAUUUUAUUGGGUUAUUAUGAUGUUGAUUGGACUAGAAUUGUUGAUGAUAGAAAGAGUACAUCUGGAGGAUGCUUCUUUCUAGGAAACAACGUGAUCUCAUGGUUCGGCAAGAAGCAAAAUUGUGUAUCUUUUUUCACUACUGAAGUUGAGUACAUAGCAACAGGUAGCAGUUGUUCUCAACUUGUGUGGAUGAAGCAAAUGUUGUCAAAAUACAAUCUCCAAAAUCCUAUUCAACAUAGUAGGACUAAGCAUAUUGACAUCAGACAUAAUUUUAUUAGAAACCUUGUUGAAGACAAAGUCAUAUCUCUUGAGCAUGUGAAUAUUGAAAAAGUAUAA